UCCGGCCCCGCCCUCCACCCGAGCGACCACCCCGCCCAUCCCACCCACAAUGUCCGGCCUCGAAAAAGCCCUCUUCAACCUCAAAUUCACCGCCAAACAACUCAACCGCCAAGCCGCCAAAGCCAGCAAAGACGAAACCGCCGAAAAAGCCAAACUCAAAAAAGCGCUCGCGGCCUCACACACCGACAUAGCGAAGAUCUACGCGCAAAACGCCAUUCGGAAGAAGAAUGAGAAUUUACAAUUGUUGACUCUUGCGUCGAGGAUUGAUGCGGUGGCGAGCAGGGUGCAGACGGCGGUAACGAUGAGGCAGGUUACGGGGAGUAUGGGGAAUGUGGUUAAGGGGAUGGAUCAGGCUAUGAAGAGUAUGGAUUUGGAGAAGAUCUCAGCAGUAAUGGACAAAUUCGAAACACAAUUCGAAGACCUCGACGUCGCAACCGGAUACUACGAGAACGCGACGAGUUCGGCAACGGCGACGGCCACGCCGCAGGAGGAUGUGGAUCGCUUGAUGAGUCAGGUCGCGGACGAGGCGGGUGUGGAGCUGUCGCAGGAGAUGGCGGGUGCGACGCCCGCGAAGGGGAUUCAGGCGCCUGCUGCGGUGGAGGAGGAGAGGGAGGAUAAAUUGGGGGAGAGGUUGAGGGCGUUGAGGAGUUGA